AUGCAGUACUCACUCACUCUUUUGGCGGCAGGGCUCGUGGCCCAGACAGGCCUAACAUGGGCGGCACCGCAGGCCAAAAACUUCAUCUACAUUGUGCCCGAUGGCUAUGGACAGGCCUCUCAAACAAUGGCACGUGAUUACGUGUCACUGCAGAAGACCGGCUCGAAUGCUAGUGCGCCAAUUAUCCAGGAGCUUGCUGGAGACCGAUUGGUCCUCGGAACAGUCCGAACGCACGCGAGCGACAACUUAGUCACCGACUCAGCUGCUUCUGGAACAGCCUUUUCUUGUGGUCACAAAACAUACAAUGAUGCUAUCUCAGUGACUCCGGAUGGUCAACCUGUAGGCUCCAUCCUCGAGGCCGCCAAGCUGGAUGGAUUCAAGACCGCGCUGGUCGUCACCUCAACCAUCAAUCACGCCACUCCAGCGGUCUACUCGGCUCACGUAGCAAACCGCGACUCCUACGAAGCAAUCGCUGCCCAGCAAAUCGGCUACUCCCACCCCUUCGGCCCCGUGGUCGACAUACUCCUGGGCGGUGGCCGCUGCUACUUCAAGCCGCAGUCGGACCCAACAUCAUGCCGCAGUGAUGACCUCGAUCUCUUCAGCUUCGCCCAGAAGAAGGGCUACCACGUAAUGCAAGACCGCGCCGCCUUCGAUGCCUACCUUGGCGACUACACCACCAAUGCCAGUCUCCCCUACAUCGGCCUCUUCAACGACGACCAGAUGAUGUACGAGAUCGACCGCUCCAAGGCACCCGAGAAAGAGCCCUCGCUGCUUGAGAUGUCCAAAGCAGCGCUGGGGACGCUGGAUCAGGCAACGCGCGCGUCGAAAAAGGGGUACUUCAUCAUGAUUGAGGCCUCACGCAUCGACCACGCGGGCCACGCGAAUGACGCCGCUGCCCACGUCCACGAUACGGUCAUGUACAACGAGGUCCUUGGCUUCGUUCAGGAGUGGAUCAACGCCCAUCCCGACACCAUGCUCAUGAGCGCCGCGGACCACGAAUGCGGCGGCCUGACGACAAACGCUUUCGAUCCCGCCCCGCUGGUCAAUGUCCAGCAUUCCUUUGAGUACCUCAAGACGGUGUGGGAGGCCUACAACGGCACCGACGCGCGGGGCUACUUCACUUCUACUGUCCUACCCGCUGCUGGCCUGUCCGACGUGACGGACGCGCAGAUCGACAAGCUCCUCGGCGCCAGCAGUCCCUGGGCGGAGAUGAAAAAGAUGAUUGCGACGAAGGCGGGUGUGAACUGGUCUACGGGCGGGCACACGGCGACGGAUGUCACGCUACAUGGCUACGCGGCGGGGAAGAAGUGGAGGGAGUUCAAAGGGGACAUGGCGGGAAACCACGAUAACACUGAGCUGCCGAGGUACAUUGAGAAAGUGCUGAAGCUGGAUAUGGAUGCGACGACUGCGAAGCUGCGGGCGGUGAAUGGGAGCUGGGUCGCGGGGCCGGAUGCGGCGAGGAAGAGGAGGGAUGUGCAUUCGCAUUAGUGCUUUUAAGAGUGAAGUAAAGGUAGUGUGAGAU